ACAGUCCAAAACAGUCAUACUGAACCCUUGGAACAAGAUUAUUUUUGUUGAUCGCCGAGUGGGCCGGAGUUGUCCGCGAGUUUUCCGUUUAUUGAGUUAUCACCUGGUACAUUACUGAUUAGUGUUCCCUUCAGUGCGUGACUUUCACAUCGGGAACCCGGAGCACACCAUGUUGUACUGCCCGCCCAACGUGACCCUCAGCGAGGUCUGGACGAAGCAUGGCAUCUCGCACUGCUUUAUGGACACCGUGGGGCCGGCCGUCUACGGCGGAUUCCUGCUGAUCUUCGGCUGCAUCCAGCUGCUGAUGUACCGGAAGUAUGCCACCCGGAUUACGGAUCCCACGCAAAUCUCCAAGUCCAGGCUGUUCGCCCUGCAGCUCUUCCUUUUGCUCUUGCUUCCGGUCUUGGCGGCAUUACGAUUCCUGAUGAACGCACGUAUUUACCCAGAUAGUGCGGUUUACGGGUAUAUGAUCUUCUCCACAAGCGUUAUCUGCUUCUCGUACCCCUUCAGCAUCUGUCUGAUACUCAAGGAGCGAUAUUACCAGCUGCCCUCGAUGCCCACUCGUGGCCAUGGCCUCAUCCUGCUGCUCUUCUGGACGCUGGCCUUCAUCAACGAGUCGCUGGCCUUCAUCAAUCUGCGCCACGAGGACUGGUGGUUCCAUCUGAAAACGAACAAGGAUCAAAUUGAGAUGGGCCUGUUUGUCACCCGAUUCCUCUGCUCCCUGCUCAUCUUUGUCUUGGGUCUGAAGGCUCCUGGCAUCAUGGCCCCCUACAAUCCACACCAGCGGCUGGACAACGACUCCAGCGAAUCGCAGGGAAACGUGCCGACGGGAUCCGCCUUCAGGAAUGGCUGGCGUAAGCUGCGCACCGUCUUUCCCUACCUCUGGCCCAGGAAGAAUCUGGCCCUCCAGAUUGCCGUCAUCGUUUGCAUCAUACUGCUGCUGGCCGGUCGAGUCAUAAAGCUGUUUUUGCCGAUUUAUCGCAAGAAGUUGGUGGACAGUCUCACCAUUGCACCGAUCCUCUUCCGCUGGGACUUUGUGCUGGUCUACGUUGGCUUGUCCUUCCUCCAGGGCGGCGGCACUGGCAGCAUGGGUCUGUUCAACAACCUCCGCACCUUCCUCUGGAUACGGGUGCAACAGUACACGACCCGCGAGAUAGAGAUCGAGCUCUUCCGGCACCUUCACCAGCUCUCGCUGAGAUGGCACUUGCAGCGGAAGACAGGCGAGGUGCUGCGUGUCAUGGAUCGCGGCACGGAUUCCAUCAACAAUCUUCUCAACUAUAUUGUCUUCUCCAUUGCACCCACUAUUCUGGAUUUGCUCGUGGCAGUGGCUUAUUUUAUUUAUGCCUUCAACUGGUGGUUCGGCUUGAUCGUCUUCCUUACCAUGUUCCUGUAUAUAGCCUCUACCAUUGCAAUCACCGAAUGGCGCACCAAGUACCAGAGGAGGAUGAACCUGGCGGACAAUGAGCAGCGUGCUCGCAGCGUAGAUUCUCUGCUGAAUUUCGAAACCGUCAAGUACUACGGAGCGGAAAACUACGAGGUGGACUGCUACAGGGAGGCCAUUCUGAAGUACCAAAAGGAGGAGUUUCUCUCCGCGCUGACUCUCAACAUGCUGAACACCGCCCAGAACAUAAUCCUGUGUCUUGGCUUGCUGGCCGGCUCGCUGCUCUGCGUGUACCUGGUGGUCCAUCACCAAACUCUCACCGUCGGUGACUUUGUGCUCUUCUCCACCUACCUCAUGGAGCUGUACAUGCCUCUCAAUUGGUUCGGCACCUAUUACCGGGCCAUCCAGAAGAACUUCGUGGACAUGGAGAACAUGUUCGACCUGCUGAAGGAGGAGGAAGAGAUUGUGGAUGCCCCAGGCUGCUCGCCGCUCCUCACAGCCGGCGGUGGCAUUGAGUUCUCCAACGUUACCUUCGGCUAUACACCGGAGAAGAUAGUGCUACAAAACGUGAGCUUCACUGUGCCGGCCGGCAAGACGGUGGCCAUUGUGGGACCCUCUGGAGCAGGCAAGAGCACCAUCAUGCGGCUGCUGUUCCGCUUCUACGAUGUGCAGACGGGAGCUAUUCUGAUCGACGGACAAAACAUCAAGUUGGUGCAGCAGCAGAGUCUGCGAAAGGCAAUUGGUGUGGUGCCCCAGGAUACGGUUCUGUUUAACAACACCAUUUUCUACAACAUUGAGUACGCCAAGUUGGGCGCCUCCGACGAAGCUGUCUAUGAGGCUGCUCGCGCCGCCGACAUUCACGACAGGAUCCUCAGCUUCCCGGACAGAUAUGAGACGAAGGUGGGCGAACGGGGUCUGCGGCUCAGUGGCGGCGAAAAGCAACGAGUGGCCAUAGCCAGGACGCUCCUCAAAGCGCCCAUUAUUGUUCUGCUGGAUGAAGCGACCUCAGCUCUGGACACGCACACAGAGCGGAACAUUCAGGCCGCUUUGGCCAGAGUUUGCGCCAAUCGCACCACCAUCAUUGUGGCCCACCGGCUGUCCACCAUUAUCCAUGCGGACGAGAUCCUGGUGCUGCAGCAGGGAACCAUUGCAGAGCGGGGCAGGCACGAAGAGCUUGUCCUGCGGGAGGACGGCAUCUAUGCGGACAUGUGGCAGCAGCAGCUGAAGAAUCUGGAUGCGGAACAGAGUGGUUCCGACAACGGAGACGCUAAUGCGGACUCGGGAUCGGAGAAGCGAGGCGCAGGAGGUGCUGGACCAAGAGGUGCAGGUGGAGCUGGACCAAGAGGUGCAGGAGGGGCUGGACCAAGCGGUGCUGGAACGGGUGGAGCCCACUUCAGGGCAGGACAUGCUCAUGGGGGAGCACGCUAGCUUUAAGAGAAACACAAAAUACUUUCUGUUAUUCCUGAUUCCAUGUGAUUUGUGGUAUAUUGUUAUACGUAUGAGCAAUUCGUCAAAGUCUAAGUUCGUCUUUAAGUAACCUUAUACGCUACUCUUAUACUAAUAAAUAACGUAGAUUUUUAUAGACAGUCCGUGGCAGCGAAAGUGUGUUGCCAAUCAUAGUUUUGAAUGUGUCUGGAACCAAAUAAAUAGCGCAACUUGUGUAUUGCUAGUCCGUAGUUUUAAUAACUCUUGAUUGAAUUAGGGAUACUUGCAUGAAAUGAUGUACUUUUUUUAAAAUUAUGUUCAGGGUUCAGAGUAAGAAUAGUAAAUAUAUUAUAGUAUAUAUGAACAACAUUAAAAAUCAGGAAUGUUUAUUAA